GAUGAGAUAGGUAGACAAACUCUACCCUUCCCUCUCUAUUCGAGAUACAAACCCUCAAAAAAAAAAACAAAAAAACCCUAGAAAUGCAUCUCUAGGGUUUCACACUCACCGACAAUCUUCUCCAAUUCUAGGGUUUGAUUGAUUCGCCAGAAUAGCAUUUCUGCAUUUUAGGACCUUAGAGGAGCAUUCUGUGGAAAGCAAUGGACUUUGACGAGUACGAGUAUCUGGAAAAGGCGGUGGAAGAGCCUGAGAAUCGGAAGAAGAAAGACGGAGGGGAGAAGAGCGAGAGGAGUUACAGAAAGAGGGAAGGCGGUGAGGAAGACGACGAUGACGAACGAGGAGAAGGGCGGAGGAGCAAGAGGUCUAGAGGCGAAGAGUUGAACGGCGAAAGAAGGGAGCGGCACGAAAAGGAUCGGCGGAGAAGCGGCAGAGAUGGCGAGAGAGAGUCUAAGGAUAGGAAAUCCGAGAGAGAAAAGGAUCGGGGACGUGAGAGAGAGAAGGAGAGAGGGAGGGACAGAGAGAAAGAUAAGGAGAGGGACAGAGAGAAAGAUAAGGAGAGGGACAGAGAGAAAGAUAAGGAAAGGGAAAGAGAGAGAGAUAAAGAGAGGGAGAGGGAGAGGGAGAGGGAGAGAGAGAGAGAUAAGGAAAGGGAGAGAAAGGAGAGGGAGAGAGAGAAGGAAAAGGAGAGAGAGAAGGCGAAGGAGAAGGAGAGAAGAGAGUUGGAGAAGGAGGAGAGGGAGGAGAAAGAGAGGUCGCGCAGAAGUACAAGCAGGUCGAGGCGGCAUGAGAGUGAUCGUGAUAGGGAAUUGAGAGAGAGAUCACGAGAAAUUGAGCCAAGAGAGAGCAGGAGAUUUAAAGAUAAGAAAGAAGCUGUGGAGCCUGAAGCUGAUCCAGAAAGGGACCAGAGAACUGUUUUUGCCUACCAGAUGCCUCUGAAGGCAACUGAGAGAGAUGUUUAUGAGUUUUUCUCAAAAGCGGGCAAGGUGAGGGAUGUCCGGUUGAUCAUGGAUCGGAAUUCAAGAAGGUCAAAAGGAGUUGGAUAUAUCGAAUUUUAUGAUGCAAUGUCUGUGCCAAUGGCAAUUGCUCUCUCUGGUCAUCUUCUUCAUGGACAACCUGUGAUGGUUAAGCCAUCAGAGGCUGAGAAGAACCUUGUUCAGUCCAAUGCUUCUGGUGCAGUCUCGGGAGGUAUCGCAGGACCAUAUGGAGCAGUUGAUAGAAAGUUGUAUGUGGGGAACUUACACUUCAACAUGACAGAACUUCAACUUCGACAGAUUUUUGAACCGUUUGGUCGUGUGGAGCUUGUGCAAUUACCUCUUGAUCUUGAGACAGGACAGUGCAAAGGUUUUGGGUUUGUUCAAUUUGCUGAACUUGAGCAUGCAAAGGCAGCACAAAAUUUGAAUGGGAAAUUGGAUAUUGCUGGUCGAAUAAUCAAGGUUUCAUCAGUUACAGAUCAUAUUGGAGUGCAAGAUGCUGGAGCAAAAGCUGCCGAUUUCGAUGAUGAUGAUGGGGGUGGUUUGUCAUUAAAUGCUCAAUCCAGAGCAUUGCUCAUGCAGAAACUGGAUCGUACUGGUAUUGCCUCAAGUAUUGCAGGCUCCCUAGGUGUGCCCAUGCUUAAUGGGUCAGCUCCAAAUCAACAAGCCAUUAGCUUGUCUAUUAAUGGCCAAGCUGCUGUUUCUGCUCCAUCUCUUCCAACACAAGUUGUCACUUCCCCAGCCUCUGAACCUGUUGGAACCCCCACCGAGUGCUUACUGUUGAAGAAUAUGUUCGAUCCAGCCACUGAGAUUGAUCCGGAUUUUGAUUUGGAUAUCAAAGAGGAGGUGCAAGAAGAAUGUUCUAAUUUUGGCCGGGUGAAGCAUAUCUAUGUGGAAAAGCAUAGUGCUGGUUAUGUGUAUUUGCGGUUUGAAACAGUGGAAGCGGCAGUCACUGCUCAACGUGCAAUGCAUAUGAGAUGGUUUGCCCGCAGGUUGAUUUCAGCCAUAUUCCUGCAACCCAGGGAUUAUGAAGCCAAGUUUAAAGGUGAAACCUGAAACUGAAAUUCAAGACUGGUCAGACUUAAUCGAAGUUCCUGAGGGUGUUUUUGGAUGUUUUCUUUCAUACUGUUGGGCAGUUUACUUUAUAAUUUUUUUUUUCUUUUUACUUUUUGGAGGUUUACAGAUUUCAAGUUGUAUACGAUGAUGUAUCACAUGUAUGCUGAAUGUGAAUUCGUUUUCCCCCGUGGGUAUUUCUAGUCUUCUCUUCCAACUUGGCUAUUUGGUAUAA